CUUAUGAUGCUAUUGAAUUGUGUUUGCAUAGCAGAAAAAGGCUCCUUCUUCAGUGAGUUCUGUGCCUCAAUUUGGAGGGUGGGAUCAGAGGGAUCCAGGAUCUACAAACUAUUCAAUGGUUUUUGCUCAAGCACGUGCAAACAAGAAGAGUAUGAAGAAUGAUUUGACUGAAUCAAUUAAGCGUGCAAGCCUUGGGAGUGAGGAAGAGUUUCUUAAUGCUAAUGCUAAUGCUAAUCAUGCUCAAGGAAAAUCUCAUGCUAAUGCUAUUAAUGUUAAUCAUACUCAUCAAGAUGAACCUCUUGGCAUGCAGAAAAAGGCUCCUUCUUCAGUGAGUUCUGUGCCUCAAUUUGGAGGGUGGGAUCAGAGGGAUCCAGGAUCUACAAACUAUUCAAUGGUUUUUGCUCAAGCACGUGCAAACAAGAAGAGUAUGAAGAAUGAUUUGACUGAAUCAAUUAAGCGUGCAAGCCUUGGGAGUGAGGAAGAGUUUCUUAAUGCUAAUGCUAAUGCUAAUCAUGCUCAAGGAAAAUCUCAUGCUAAUGCUAUUAAUGUUAAUCAUACUCAUCAAGAUGAACCUCUUGGCAUGGGGAGGAGAAGGAUCCCAACCUUCAUAGAUUGCUGUAUUAGGCCACGAUAUGUGAUAGAAUAAUCAUAAAGCCACUCCUUGAAUUUUCAAAAUCAAGGGCACUCUAUAUUGAAUCAUCAUAAAUGGAUCCAUUCAUAACUUCUGUGAGACUUUGUGUGUAGAUGAGACAGGCUCAACAGAAACCAAGUGUUCUAUACUAUUGAUUGAGCUAUUGUACAAAGUGUAAGCAAAAAUGUACAUUAUAUCAGU